CACGCCGUGCUACACAUCGGAGCGCUUGACUCAACUCUCGCUACCACAUCUGCCAACUUAUCAACAUAACGCGGCUGUCUCUCUUCAUUAAAACUUUAUAAAUACAUAAAACCUAUUUAAGAAAGUUUAGAAAACAAGCUUUAAUUAUUAAAAAGAAACAAAAAAUUUUUUCAAAUUAAAUUAUGAAAAUUCUACUCGACUUACAAUGAAGUGACCAGACUACUUUUUUAUAUUCUCUCUCUCUCUCUCCCAUCUUAAACUGACUGUCCAUGGCAUUGAAGAUAGAAUACGGGGAAGAGAAAGAUGAAUGCGUUCAACCAGUCGAAACAACGACCAGGAGGAGGAGAAGGAGUGUCUACCUAUUGCUUACUUUAUUGGUUUUGGGUGUUCUGGUGCUCGUCUUCCUACUUGUGACAGGAACUGUUGUUUACCUUCAAUAUGCACCUCAGAAGAGCAGACCUCCUGUCCGCGAAAAUACGUGCGAGUCUAUGUACUGCGCUUAUGGAGCUCAAUGUUUGUUAGACGAAAGGACACAACAAGCGUACUGCCGUUGCCAGGACACAUGUUCCGAUGUGUUUGCUCCUGUUUGUGGUACCGAUGACGUCACAUACUCCAGUGAAUGUCAGCUACGUACCGCCUCCUGCACGCAGCAGAAGAGGAUAUUCGUCAGACACCAAGGACCGUGCGAUAUGAAGGAUCCCUGCGAGGAUAAGAAGUGCAACUUUGGAGCUCAGUGUAGACCAUCGCUGGAUGGGAGGACUGCCGAAUGUGUAUGCCCCGAAAAGUGUGCAUCCUAUGGUGACAAUCGUGGUUCUAGACCCGUCUGUGGUACGGAUGGUAAGGACUAUGGUAACGUUUGCGAACUCAGGAGGACGGCAUGCCGCGAAAUGAGAGAAGUCGAAGUCAAAUUCCAGGGAAGAUGCGAUCCUUGCGAAGGUGUCGAAUGUCCAGCAUUUCAAGAUUGUCAACUCGACGAAAACAGAAAUCCCAUUUGUAGAUGUAAUGCUAUAUGUACAACAGAUAUUCGACCUGUCUGUGCAUCUGAUGGUAAAACGUAUACAAAUGAAUGCACUUUGCGUGUAGAGGCUUGUAAAUCAAGAAGAAAUCUUCGUAUUAUCUAUAGCGGAGAAUGCAACAAAGGUGUCAAUCCUUGUGACAGUCUCCGAUGUAGUCCAGGACAGCAAUGUCACAUCGAUCAUUACGGGAUAGCAACAUGCCAAUGUCCUUCUCCUUGCGAACCUGCUAUGAGGCCUGUUUGUGGCAACGAUGGUCUCACUUACGAUUCCGAAUGCGAAUUAAUACGUAGAGCAUGUUUAGAACAGAAAAACAUCAGUAUGGCUUAUCGAGGAGCGUGUGGAGAAGCUGGACCGUGUAACAGUCACAGAUGUGAUUUUGGUGCAAUCUGCGUAGAGAAAGGUCGAGAACCCAGCUGCGAAUGUCCAACCUGCUCGGAGGAAUUUCGUCCAAUCUGUGGAAGUGAUGGAAUUUCGUACACAAACGAAUGCAAAUUAAAAAGGGAAGCUUGCGAUCAAAGAAAAAUCAUUCAAGUGGCAUACAGAGGACUUUGUAGUGGUUGCGAGAACAAACAUUGCGAAUAUUACGCUCUUUGUGAGAGCGGAGGGAAAGGAGAAAGCAGAUGUGUUUGCCCUCAAUCCUGCGUCACGCUCGAAUCUCCUGUAUGCGGUACGGAUGGUGUUACCUAUCCUAAUGAAUGCGAGAUGAGGAUUGCAGCUUGUAAGAAACAACAAUAUGUGAUGGUGGCAUCUAGAGGAAGAUGCGAUCUGUGUCAAAACGUACAUUGCAAAUAUGGUGCUCGAUGCGAAAACGGUCGAUGCGUGUGUCCUACCGAAUGUCCGGACACACACGAACCUAUAUGUGCCAAUGACGGUGUGACUUAUCAAAAUGAAUGCGAAAUGUGGCAGGCAGCUUGCCAACAGAGUCAAGAUUUAAGCAUUCUCUUCUAUGGAGAAUGCGAAGAUGUUGGAGGAUCCGGACUUGAUCUCGGUUCCGGGAUGAGCACAUGCGAGAAAACCUGCCAAUAUGGAGGGAUGUGCGAUUACGAUGCUGAUGGAGUGCCCAGGUGCGUUUGCAACUUCCAAUGCCCAACAAUACGCGAUCCAGUAUGUGGAUCGGAUGGAAAACUGUAUGACAACGAUUGUAAAAUGAGAGAGGAGUCGUGCAGACUCCAACAGUCUCUUCAGACAGCCAAUCUGGAGAAGUGUGGAGACGUUAAACUGCUGCCUUGUGAUGGAGAAUCGCCUCUUCGAGAUCCAGUUUCGGACGAAGAAUAUUAUUGUGGAGAAGGUCCUAAAUCGCAGACGUGUCCUCCAGAUAGUUUUUGUCAUCGAUCUGCUAUUUUCGCCAUCUGCUGUAGAGAAGUGGCUAUGAUUAAGAACUGCGAGGAGACGAUGUACGGAUGUUGUCCUGACGGAAAAACUUCAGCUCAAGGAUUAAAUCAUGCCGGUUGUCCGAAUGUCUGCAACUGUAACAAGUUGGGAUCUUACGAGCAAACUUGUGAUCCUGUCAGUAAACAAUGUCCGUGUAAACCAGGUGUAGGAGGUUUAAGAUGCGAUCGAUGCGAACCUGGUUACUGGGGUUUACAUAAAAUAGCAGAAGGAAACAGCGGCUGCACGCAGUCUGUUGCUAGACCAGUUUCUGGAUCGUGUGAUCAGUUAAAGUGCAGUCACGAAGCGAUAUGUCGAGAAAAAAAGGGUCGUGCUCAGUGUGUAUGCGAUAUUAAGUGUACAUCCGAGGAAUCUCCAAAUCCAGUAUGCGGAUCGGAUGGUGUAACUUAUGGUUCCGAGUGCCAAAUGAGGUUGUUCAGCUGCAGAUACCAGAAAGCUAUCACCGUCCUUAGUUAUGUGCCUUGUAAAGCAGAUGAUGUAAUAAUAAAGCGUUCGAUCGUCGAGAUGUCCAAAUCGAAAAAAUGGCAGUCGUAUAGUCUUCCAGAUAAUUAAACAAAAGUUAUCGCGGCCAAAACUCAUAAAGGGCCGCAAAUAGAAGUGUUUACCAGACUUUGCAAUGUUAUUCGGAUGCAUCGUUAUCUAGAAAAAAAGAAGUCACAGCUCUGUCCUCGCUGCACUUUAUCGCUGUUCAUCAUCACCAUCAGGGAGCCAUGUCUAUAACGAUGCUAAAGAAGCACGAUUAGACGUCUUUAAAGGUGAUCAAAGUGGACGAUUCCUCCCGAAACUUCACGUGUUGUUGGAGACGACAUGAGGAUGAACAACGGAUUUCUAGACAACACACCUGCCUCACAAUCAUAUCGUGUACAGAUUUAUGUAUAAAUAUUGUUGCUUAAGCUGCCUUCGAGUUGGAAGCUUCGAGGAAAGUACUCUGAAAACCAAAAAAACUCAAUUUAUAAUUGCCAAAUCUUGUUUAUAACUUGAAGAACUUUUAUACCAAUUAAAAAGUAUAUAUAUAUAAGAAAAUAAUUAAAAAUUGACGGGAAUGUGUAGAAAAAUUCGUUUACUGUGAAGAGAUUUUAUACAGAUGUUAAUUUGUUUUUUCUGCAAAAAAAGAGAUAAUAAUAAAAUAAUAAACGAAAAAAAAAUUUA